AUGACGGACACACCAGUGGAGGAAUCCCUCUUCCAAAUCAUCCAUUGCUUCCACCAGUAUGCAGCCCGGGAAGGGGACGUGGAGACCCUGUCCCUGAAGGAGCUGAAGGCGCUGCUCUUGGACAACGUGCCCCGCUUCAUGGAGGGCUUGGGCCGGAAGGAGCCCUACUACAUCUUGGAGUUGUUCCGGGCGGCAGACAAGAACAAAGACGACCAGAUCUGCUUCGACGAGUUCCUCUAUGUCUUGGGCAAGCUGGCAAAGGACUACCACCUGCAGUACCACCGGCAGCUGUGUGCCUACCACUGCGCUCGGCACAACCUCUACUAG